GCGCGGCGCGUGCGCUACUCGUGCCAGUGUUGUGUUCUGUGAUUGGGUUUCAGUGACAGUGAUGUGUGUGUGUGUCGCGGAUCAAUUUGUCUUGGUGUGAGAUCAUUCAACGUACAUUGAGGAUAGCAUCCAGAUAAAUUACGUACCCGAUACGCGAUAAAAUUAUUCAAAAAUCACGUCAUAGAGCCAACGAGUAAUUCCAAACCAUAGUCAAAAAGUUCCUAGGCGUAGUUUAUUUAGUCAAAAUGUACAAUUCAAACGAGUUCUUGCACAGUGCUGGCGUCAGCCGCCAUAUGCAAGCGACCGGGGAAGCCCCUUCCCAGAAAACUAGCAUGAAGAGGCGGUCUUGCGAAGUGCCUUUGGGGGAUAUAUCUUCAAAUAACUUCAAGGUCUCUUUAGGCGAUAUAUCGUCACUCAAUGACGGGCCUAGCUAUGACUGUCGGUCGCUGCGAUCUAUAAAAUCUGAGGACAACCGAUCCUUGAGGUAUUACAGGCCGAUAGAUAGUCGCAGUGUCAAGAAUUUUCGGUCGUCAUUAGCUGAUAUAUCGACGUACUCGUUGUCAAGACCUCCGAGCUAUGACCAGCUGUCUCGGAGGUCGAUGAUAGAGGGAGGGGAGGCUCAGGGCAUGACGUCAUCGAGCAUCGAAGGAGUGCUGUGGUCUGAUGAAGAGGAGAACGAGUACUUCUACCACGAGAACAUCACGACUGCGUGGAACCAAGACUUGGCCGCGAUACGACAGCUGCUGGAGAGCGAGACGGGCGGCACAACCUGUCCCAGUUGUAACAUGCCCUUUGACAAGGGCAAAAAGAGAAAGCUGAUCGACACCUGCGGACAUGAGCGCUGCUACUCCUGCAUGUUCAGGAACGAAGCGUGCCCCAUCUGCGCCAGGAACAGUCAAGGGCGUCGGCAAGUCAUGGAGAGAUACACGCCGUCCCCGCAGCGCCAGGAUCAAGACUGGCAGUCGCCGAUGCGGCUGCCCAAGCCGCCGAAGCAACCCACCAACCUAGCCCAGAGCUGCCCCACACCGCCUCACACCAGAAGAAGAUUCUUCCUCAGCCCCAAAUCCCUCCGAAGCCCCUUCGGCCAGCGCGCCUCCCGGCACUCGCACGAAGCCCACGUGCCUCUAUCCGGAUUACCAGAAGAAGGUCCGAGGACAGCGGCGUGGCCAAGCCUGGUCUUCAAUAAGAUCAGGUCGCUUUGGUCGGCACACUCGUCCGUGCCACAGGGGCUGAACCAGUUGACAGAUGAUGAAGGAGGCCACAUCAAGCAAGGCUACGAGUCGAGGAGACAGAAUGACCUGUAUGUUCGUCUUGGCCUCUUGCUCGGCGAGCGGCGCGGCGCUCGGAACAAGGCUCGGGACAGCUGCACGUCCCUCGCGUCUCUGGACCGGCGCGGCGCUCGAAACAAGGCUCGGGACAGCUGCACGUCACUCGCGUCUCUGGACGCGCAUACGCUGGCCUCACACAACACUAGCCCGGUGUCAACACUAACAGGCUCCUCGGAGGUGGAGGCAGCCACGCCAUUAGGGCGAGAUUCGCUCGGCUCUCUGGCAUCAAUGUCCCUCUCCGCUGCCAGCAACUGUUCUUCUUCCAGCCCUGGCAGCAGGAGGCAUUCCGUCAAUGCUUUACAGAGCGGCAGGUCGGAAGAGUUGACCCGCAUGUCCAGUGGUUUCUUCAAGACCAGGAAGACUGCAGCCAGAAGGUCUGCGAGGGUCAGCAGCAAACAGUCGUCUUCUUCUUCAGAGAUUAAAAAAGUUCACCCAGCCCCUCAACUGACGCUACGACCUUUAUUCUUUGAAGUUCCAUCCACCGACAGCCAAAGUUGUUUCUCAGGCCGCCAAUGGCUGAUGAAAGACAUGGAGAAAGCAUUGGAAUCAAGUUCCUCAGGAAUCAUGAUCUCAGGAUGUCCAGGCACAGGAAAAACUGCGCUGAUACUGCAGUUGGUGGAAUAUUCCUGCUUUGGUCGGAAAAGGAAUUACGAAUAUGAGGAGCUCAGAGAACAAUCAGACAUAAGGGAGUUGCUGCCUGAAGAGUUAACAGCUGGAAUGUUUACUCAUCUGGCUUCACACGUCGUUGCUUAUCAUUUUUGUCAGGCUGACAACAACAGCACGUGCUUGGUUGGAGAGUUCGUCCAUUCCUUAGCAGCACAACUUUGCCAAGCCCCAAGGCUACAAGCGUACAGAGAAUAUCUCCUCAGUGAACCGCAUUUGCUAGCGUGUCUUUCACUCAAAGAGUGCAUCGCAGACCCAGACCUAGCCUUCAUGAGAGGCAUCAUCGAACCACUCAACAUUUUGAGGAAGAAUGGAAGCAUUGACACAGGCAAUAGCAUCAUUCUUGUCGAUGGCCUUUGCGAAGCUGAAUACCAUAGACCAGAUCACGGAUAUACCAUUGCAUCUUUUAUCGCAAGACACAUCGCUGAAAUGCCAACAUGGCUCAAAGUUGUAGCAACAGUCAGGACGCAAUUCCUAGAACUAACGAAACAGCUGCCAUACACACGACUAAGUCUAGACGAAUCUGAUAACGUCAACAAGGAUCUACUUGAAUACUUCAACGCGAGAGUUCAAGCCGCACCCAUUAUAGAGACAAACAUCAAAUGCUCUACUGGAAAAUCCGAAGGAGUCCACAAUUCUGUAUUGAAAUUCGCACAAUACGUGCUACAUUUGAGCCAAGGCUCGUUUUUGUUCCUGAAACUAAUUUUAGAUUUAUUAGAAAAGAGUCAUAUCGUUGUGAAGUCGACAAACUACAAGGUGGUGCCGAUAUCUCUAGCACAGAUCUUCCUACUACAAUUCAAUUUACGGUUCCCAACAGUACAAUCGUUUGAGAAAAUCACGCAUAUUUUGAGCGUGUGCCUAGCAGCUCUCUAUCCGCUGACUUUAGUAGAGAUUUACUAUUCAGUAAACUCAUUGUUAGUGAACACUUUUCUACCGUGGGAUGAAUUCUGUGAUAGAUUUGAAAGCCUCAGUGAAUUCUUAGUAAAGAGAAUCGACAAUACUUACAUGUUUUUCCACCCCUCGUUCAGGGAAUGGUUAAUACGAAGAGAUGACAAUGAAAGUUCUAAAUUCCUGUGUGAUUUGAGGGCGGGGCAUUGCGGAAUAGCGUACAGAUUAUCUAGGGUACAAGCACCGUUAGAUUCAGAGAAGUCAAUGGAAUUAGGACAUCACAUUUUGAAAGCCCACAUGUACAGAAACCUUGGUCCAGCUCAACUAGGUUUGUGCCCUAGAGAUUUACAAGCGAUGAUGGUAGCCACAAGUUCAGCCAAUGUUGGUGAAGCUAUUGCCCAUUUGAGGAACAUUUACACACCUAAUGUGAAAGUAUCUCGGCUGAUGCUUUUGGCUGGUGGAUCUCCAAAUCAGAUCACAGAAUGUCUCGGUAAUGCUCCAUUAUUGUGCAUGUAUGCGUAUCAAGGAAUCCUUGCAAUGGUCGGAUUGUUGAUAGAAUUUGGAGCAGAUUUAGAAAUGACCAACUCCCAAGGAUGUACUGCGUUAUCUUUGGCAUGUCAAAGGGGUCAUGUCGACGUAGCUAGAAGACUUAUUGCUGCAGGAGCAUCACUAAGUCACACUGACACAGCAGAACAAACACCAUUAGUGCAUGCAGCUAAAAAUGGACAUAGAGAUACGGUGAUUUACCUUCUCGGCUGCCAGACUGGAAGGGAUGAUAGAAAUUCCAUAGACAUAGACGAAGAGAACAUUGAACAGCUAGUGCCAGGGUCCAGACACGCUCUCAUUGCUGCAGCGCAGAAUGGUCACUUGGACAUCGUGGAGUAUCUGCUAGAUACUGCUGAAUUAAUACCCGACGGUAUCUGUCCAGUGACAGGCGAGACUGCGCUAACAGCUGCGUGUUCAACUGGCAACGCUGCUAUUGCUGAUGCUCUCCUCAUCCGAGGAGCGACUCCAUACUCCCUGAAUGCCCGACAGAUGUCGCCUCUAGCACUAGCUGCUAAGAAUGGGAGAACAGCACUGGUGUUGAGGCUAUUGGAUUCGGGGGCUGAUGUGAUGGGUUCGGGAGGGAAGAAUCCUUUGACUCUAGCAGCAGCGGAAGGACACGCUGAUGUAGUAGAAAUGCUUUUAAAUCAUGGUGCGGACCCUGACGCGGUGGAUACAGAUGGAAUUUCGCCUCUGGGAUGGGCGUGCUUAAGAUCAAGAAUACCGACAAUGGUCGUAUUAUUAGACAAAGGCGCUACCAUUGACCAACCCGAUCUCAGUGGAAGGACUCCCCUGGGUCUUGCCUGCGGUGGCCCAGCUGACCUCGUGGAGAUUCUUCUAGAAAGAGGAGCUUCGUUGGAAAAGGUGGACCACAGCGGCUUGAGGCCUUUGGACAGAGCUAUUGGGCAACGGAAUGUUCAUGUCGUCAACUGUUUCCUUAGAAAAGGUGCGAAACUUGGCCCCACUACUUGGGUUAUGGCGUCAGGCAAACCAGAAUUUAUGCUAAUACUGCUCAACAAACUAUUAGAAGACGGAAACAUGUUGUACCGCAAAAACAGACCAUCCGAGGCUGCCCACCGAUACCAGUACGCGUUGAAGAAAAUCAACACACUGAUCAGCGACGAAGGACUGACCACGUCGGGAGCUCAGCCAGUGCCUCAUGAACACGUGUCCGCUUUUGUGCAGCUGAAGACACAUUUGCUGUUGAACUUGUCGAGAUGCAAGAGGAAAUUGAAUGAACCAUCAGAGGCUUUAGACCUAGCAGCUCGCGCGUCAGUUCUACGUCCAAACGCUUUUGAGUGCGCAUACGCUAUGGCCCGAGCCAUUCUAGCAUUGAACAAACCCUCCGAAGCCCUACCCCACGCCAGGAGAGCGUUACUCCUAGCGCCAUCUACAGACAUGUCAGCCGUAAGAACGCUAAAGGCCCUACAACAAGAGAUUCUCACAAGGAUCAACGCUGGGUCCCAUAGUCUAAAUGGUGACACUAGAUCUAUGAGAAACUUCGACACCAUCAGCUUAAAUAUGCCUUGAAACUGACAUUUAUUUAUGUA